UGCAACUCGCGGCUCCGCUCUUCUUCUGCAAUUUUCACUAACUGAUGCUUCUGUGCGGAGUUGUGCGGCUCUUCCUGAAACGGUCUCCUGUCCACUUGCUUCGUUGCUGUAUAGAACGUUCUGUUCACAGUAUUGCAGUGUCCACAAUGUCACAGACUAAAGAACUUUUUAGAAGAGCAGAAGCUGUCUGUUUUGACGUGGACAGCACAGUCAUCAAAGAAGAAGGCAUCGAUGAACUGGCGAAGUUCUGUGGCGUGGGGGACGCCGUCACUGAAAUGACCCGUAAAGCCAUGGGUGGCUCGAUGACUUUCAAAUCAGCUCUGACUGAGCGCCUCGCCAUCAUCAAAUGUUCCAGAGAACAGGUCAACAAACUGAUUACAGACCACCCGCCACAGCUGACCCCAGGUAUCAGGGAACUUGUGGACCGUCUACACCAGCGCAACAUCAAGGUGUUCCUCAUCUCAGGUGGCUUCCGCUGCAUUGUGGAACACGUGGCCACUCAGCUAAACAUUCCUCUAGAAAACGUCUACGCCAACCGACUCAAGUUCUACUUCAACGGUGAGUACGCCGGAUUUGACGAGAGCCAACCGACAGCAGAGAGCGGAGGCAAAGGAAAAGUAAUUAGCAUGCUGAAGGAAAAGUACGGCUUCAAGACAGUGGUGAUGAUUGGAGAUGGAGCCACUGAUCUAGAGGCCUGCCCUCCCGCUAAUGCCUUCAUUGGAUUUGGUGGCAAUGUUGUGAGGCCACAGGUUAAAGAAAUGAGUUUGUGGUAUGUCACAAGUUUUGGAGAGCUGCUGAAAGAAAUGGAAAAGAUUUGAAUAUUCUAGAGUACAUUUACUCUUUUUAUGAUUUUUUUUUUUUUUAACUUUACUAAUGUUAUUUGCACCAAAAGUUGUGUAUGUGAUGGUUUUAUCCAUUGUGCACACUCCCUUUAAGUCAACAAAUUUUAAAUCAUUGACCAUGUUUACUAUAGUUCGACCAAUUCUACCCUUCAUGUGGUUUCUGCCAUCUUGAUUUUCUUUACUAGACCAUACUAUGUGUGGAGGUUAAACAUGUAACAUUUGUGUUUUGGGCACUUUUUACAUACGACUUACUCCUACACAAUACACAAUGGGAAGUGCAAUGUAAAAAGAAUUGCAAUCGGUCAUGUGAGUGACAGGCUGCAUUGAAUUAUGUGUAAAGACUGAGUAUUAAACACAAAUAUUGUUGCUUGAA